CCAGUAAAACCUCCGCGAAAGGGUGUGCGUUUUGAAGGUUGUAUGAAGCUAUAAUAUGAAGGGAGACACGACGAGUCACUCUAGAAGAUCCUGUAAUCGAAGCAGCGUUCACCAAAUGUGUUUCCCUCAAUUCCCUCUCAGCUCAGCUUCCCCGGUGACAACCAAAGUGUCCUUUCUCGAAAAACAGUGAAGAUGCCGCUGAGACGGAUAUUACCUGAAAGUUUGAAUACCUGUGAUGCGCAGUAAAAAUGCGUUGUGAAAGCUGGGCUGGUUCCCUUCAAGGUCAGAAUCUGAGCAACGCCGCCGCCUCACGGACGAACAGCUUCAGGAGACGAAGAGGAAGAACGGGCGCAAAGGAGGAGAAGGGUAUGCGGUUGUCUCUUUUGCCUGCAUUCAGCAUCAGCAGUGACAUUUCUUACUAAAGACGCUGAUGGACACCAAAAAAGAGAGGGUGAACUUGUAAAACACGUCUGUCCGGAAGUGGUCUGCUACAGCAUUGGUUAUUGAGGGUAGUUUCUUGUUUUUUUUUUCUUUCAACAAUAUUUUCGAGGAUGGCAACGCGAGGUCGCAGUGGCUUCGGUCGGAGUUUACCGGAGCAAGGACUGCUCCUGCUGGCGAUACUGGUGCUGCUGGAUGGCACCGUGAUGACCCUCGAAGCAGAAGUCUCCUCCGAAACCGACACCCAUGAAGGGAAGAACAACAUAACCAAGAAGUUAUUCCCCGUCCUCGGCAUCAAGUACGAGGAAGUCAGUAUCCCCUUUGAAAUUUCACUGUGGGUGCUUCUGGCCUCUUUAAUGAAAUUAGGUUUCCAUCUGAUUCCUCGUCUAUCAAAUGUCGUGCCAGAGAGCUGCCUGCUAAUAACUGUUGGCCUGCUAGUCGGAGGAAUCCUCAAGCUAACUCGAGAUGAGGUCCCACCAGUCCUAAGCGACCAAAUUUUUUUCCUCUGCCUCCUGCCCCCCAUCAUCCUGGAUGCUGGGUACUUCUUGCCUAUCCGACCAUUUGUGGAAAACAUUGGCACAAUCCUGAUGUUUGCUGUUGUGGGAACUUUAUGGAACGCCUUUUUUGUCGGAGGUCUGAUCUAUGCUGUUUGUCAGCUCGCACAAGACAAUUACAGCAAAAUCAAUCUCAGCGACAUUGGGAUUCUGCCUUGUCUGCUGUUUGGCUCCAUCAUCUCUGCUGUGGAUCCUGUUGCUGUGCUCGCUGUCUUUGAAGAGAUUCACAUAAACGAGCUGUUGCACAUCUUGGUGUUUGGCGAAUCACUGCUGAACGAUGCUGUAACAGUGGUACUCUACCAUCUAUUUGAGGAGUUUAUGGACUCUGGUUCAAUGUCGGCAGUGGACGCUAUGCUGGGACUCAUCUCAUUCCUCAUUGUUGCAUUGGGUGGCGUCCUGGUUGGAGCCUUCUAUGGGAUCCUGGCUGCCUUCACGUCUCGUUUCACCUCCCGCACGCGGGUCAUCGAGCCUCUUUUUGUGUUCCUCUACAGCUACAUGGCCUACCUGUCGGCAGAGGUGUUCCACCUUUCGGGCAUUAUGUCCUUAAUAGCAUGUGGAGCAGUGAUGCGACCCUAUGUAGAAGCUAAUAUAUCCCACAAGUCCCACACCACUAUUAAGUACUUCCUCAAAAUGUGGAGCAGUGUCAGUGAGACAUUGAUCUUCAUCUUUCUGGGUGUGGCCACAGUGGAAGGAGAACACCAAUGGGACUGGAUCUUCAUCACAGCGACUCUCAUCUUGUGUCUGGUUGCACGAGUCAUAGGCGUGGUUGGUCUUACGUUUAUAAUUAACCAUUUCCGGAUCGUCAAGCUGACCACCAAAGAUCAGUUCAUUAUAGCCUAUGGUGGACUGCGAGGUGCCAUUGCUUUUUCCCUGGGCUUCAUUCUGCACUCGGAUCACAAGAAGAUCUUCCUGACUGCCAUCAUCACUGUUAUUUUCUUCACUGUCUUUGUUCAGGGUAUGACCAUUAAACCCCUGGUGGAGCUGUUGGCAGUGAAGAAGAAACAGGAGACAAAGCGCUCUAUUAAUGAGGAGAUCCAUACCCGGUUCCUUGACCACCUGCUGACUGGGAUUGAGGAUGUCUGUGGACACUAUGGACAUCACCACUGGAAAAACAAGCUGAACCGCUUUAACAAGAGAUAUGUGAAGAAGAUGCUGAUCGCAGGCGAUCGCUACAGAGAACCACAGCUAAUUGCCUUCUACCACAAACUGGAGAUGAAGCAAGCUAUUCAGAUGGUGGAGAGCGGAGGGGGAUCUAAGCUCAACUCUUCCUUCCCUUCCACUGUUUCCAUGCAGAACCUUCAGCCCAAGGUCCAGUCUCCUACUUCUGCUCAGCCUGCAGAAAGAGCACUUCCACAGCUGACCAAAGGUCGAGAGGAAGAGAUCAGACAAAUCCUCAGGACCAACCUUCAGAAGACACGACAGAGGUUGCAAUCCUACAACAGGCAUACUCUGGUGGUUGAUCCUGAUGAGGAGGGAUUUGAUAACUUAAUCUUAAAAAAGAGGAGGAUGAUGGAAAUGGACUAUAAGUUAAAAAAGAUGACCAACUACCUGUCUGUCCCUCGUCCUCAAGGCUCCCCAACUAUGAGCAGAGCCAGAAUGGCUUCAGGCAGAAAUACUGAUUUCAUACCUCCUCAGCAGCAAAAAGGAAACAAACAGUCAUCAGAUUCACAGGCUUAUGUAAAGCCAGGUGCAAAAGGCGUGCCCACCAUCCAGAUUGACCUGGCAUCUCCACAGUCUCCAGAGUCUGUCAGGCUGUUGAAUGAGGUCAGACAGGACCAAGGCCUGACGAUGAGCCUUCCUUCAAGUUCAAGCAGAGCUUACAAAACUGGUGGGAAAGAUGACAGCAGAGAUCAGAAACUGUUAAGGUGCCUGAGCGACCCAGGGCCCAGUGCGGAUGAGGACGAGGAUGACGAUGAGGAUGAGCCCAUCCCAACUUAAGAUCUUCUCGUAGAGAAGAGCUGCUGCUCUGGUUGGAAUUUUCUCAAAAUGACAACAAAAAACAGAAAUGCAUAUGCUGGAAGAACUAGUGAUGAAUAACAAGAGAACAAGCCCGAGGGGAAAAAGAGCCAUUACCUUAUUAUUGUCAUUGCUCUUUAUUUUGUUGACAGUUGUAUAAAUUUACUGCUGCAACUAAAAUCUGGGAGAAGUCGGAUUCCAUGACUGACGAUCUGAGACGUUCAGGAAAGAACUAUGCAUUACCAAAGCUUUGGACUGUUUUAGUGUCAGACAAUGUUAUUUUUAUCUUAUGGCAUUAAUGUUAAGUCCUUGAGACAUUCAGGGCCUCUUGUCCUGAACAUAAUCAGUAAAAAUAAAUGUAAAUUUUUCACUUUCCUUGUCAAGCUUUGCACUUUAGAUUUUAGUUUACACUAUCAGUCUGUCUGCUGGAUUCAAACACAUAGAUGUAGCUGUUUGAGACGUUUGGCCUUUUAUCACAGAAACUUAUUUUCUUUGCCUUAUUUAAAAUGACAUAUCUUUUUUUUAUUUUAAUUUCACCAUUAACUGUUUGAAAUCAUAUUGCAGUGUGGAUUCGAAGCAGGGUGUAUGUUUACUCUGCAGUACACUGAGUUAAAGAACGAUACAUCUAACGACUGCAGCCUUUUUCUACAACUACGCCGUUAAUUAUAUGAAACUAUCUCUAUCGCAGGAGGUUUGUGAGUUUUGAUCCUUAGGAACUGAGUUUGUCUGGAAGUUGGAGAAUAUUUUGAGCUAACACAUCAUACUUAAAAUAAUUUUUAUCUACAAAUAUUUACCUCAGUUGUAAGAACCUCUUUCAGGUCUGGAUAAAAGUUGUUAAAGCAAUUUUUCCCCUCAUACUUUAAUAGCCAAGUGCCCAGUAGCAACCAUUUUCUAAUGUCACAUAUUUCAAACUGUUUUUUUUUGUUUUUUUUUUUAAGUGUGUACAGCCGCCUAUUCAUGUCUUAUAACCUUCUGAAUCACUGACUGUCUGCAUGCCAUUGGAAAAAAUGUAAAUCUAUGCAGAAUAGAUGUUUAAAAUACAGUGAUUAAUGAUAAUAUCCUCUUUCUAUACCUGUUAAAAGUGGUUUAGCUUCUCUAUUCAUGCAAAAAUAUUGCUAAAAAAUUAAACUUGGGCAUUAUAGAAAACAGUGAAUGAUAAAAUAAAUUCACCUGAACUUUUGUACAGCCUAGCUACUAACUUGUUUAUCAGCUAUUCCUGUUCGAUAAAACUCAAAUCGUGUUAACCUAACUACAUCAUCGUUGUUUACCUGUACAGAAACAGAAAUGUCACAUUUCCACAUAAUUUUACAAUAUUUAAUGAGGUUUUCCAACUGUUAGUUUACAUUUUUAUAUAACAUCAGUUUGUUGGAGCACAUAAUUGUGCUCUGUAAACUUAACAAAACCUAAAUAUCAAACAACUGAAUUAAUUUUGUUUUUAUAGUCCUUCUUCUAAUUAUAAAACUUAUUUGCUGGUUUAUGCUGUAUUACUAGGAUAAAGAUGGAAAGAAAUAAAAAUUAUUGAUAAAAUAUUUAUAUUUUUUGUCAAGUAAACUUGACAAAUAUAUUAAAAUCUUAUUAAUUGUGGUAUCCUCACAAUGUUUUCACUUCCCGGUUUUUUAUAGUUUAUGCAGGAUAUAUAAUAUAGCACUAAAGCUAAAACUAAAUUCAUUUAAAAAUAAAUUAAAAAAAUAUAUAUAUAUUUUGUCCUACUUCAUGAGACAUCAACUGGUCUCAUGUAAUAGGACUUAGAAAGAUUUGAUGUUACUGUCCCCACAAGUUUCACCCAAUAUAAGAGAAGAACUUUACAUUAUUGACCAAAGUUUGCAUUUAAAUUAGAGAAAGAUUUCCAGUGAUCGUUGUGUGGGACUAUAAUUUACCUGUUUGCUCUUUUUUCUGCUUGAAAUAAUACAUUUGAUGUCACCCUGAACGCUUGUCAUCGAGUUCAGUGGAUGAAGGGUGCUUGGUAUUUUGACUUUAACAAUGAUUUUGAGUCACAGAUUUCUGCUUUCAGUCAUCUGUGUAGAAAUGCCAGAGUAAUAUGUUUUGUUUUAAUGUCCUACAGCAUUAGUGUUCUGAUUCUUAUGUCAAAACAACCACAACCUCCUAGAAAUGUGGAUCAUUAACAGACUUUAAAUGUAAAAGAGGAAAAUGGCAUUGCUCUGUCCUGCAUGUUUACAAUGCCCCUUCAAAAAAGAUGGUGUCAGAUUAAUUAAUCUGACCCAAUGUUUUUGUCAGAUUAAUGAAUCUGACAACAUGUAGUAGCUGAUAGGGAUUUUUUUUUCUCCAAGUUUUGUUUCAGAUUUGUUUCCUCAUAAAACUUUGAGAAAAGUUUUGUGAGGAAUGAAGCAGCCAUUUUUUGUUCUUCUGACUCAAAUACACCUAAGGUUGAAGUCUGUCUUUUAAUCUGACCUACACAUGGAUGUCUGUUGAGAGUUUUAGCGGACCCUAGAGGAGAGUAAAAUUUGCUUCACACAGGCUUCGUAAAUCAGACAGUUUGUUUUUUGAGGUGUUUGUGAUAACCUAAUCUUUACUGGUUUGUAAACCAGAAACCUCCUUUUGGUAAGAGAAAAUUCGAAGACUCUUGUUUGCUUAAUUAACGUGCCCCUCAGCUUUACUUCAGCUUGCUGUGGAUACUAUAGCACUAUAAAUUGGUGGGAAUUCUGUAUGUUGUUGCACUGAGCAAAUUUGCAAUGAUGCUGCACUAUAAUCUUGAUAUAUUUUGUUAUGACAUUAUCCCUGUGCAGACUUAACAAAUUCAGGUAGUUGCAAUAAAAAUGUGAGGGUGAAAAUUAUCGGAAAAUAUAUGGAAACAAUUGCAACGAACCCUGUAUGGCUCAAAACAAAUUAACAUGCUUUUCUCUUGUUCCUUAGAGGGCUUUUCAGGCAGAACUGAAUUUAUUGCUGUUUUUAAAUGUUACAGCCUCUCAAAAUCAGUUUAUUCAUCAUUGAACCUUUCUGAUGAGUUUCUUUUUGUUCAUGUUUACAGACUUUAAUUUACGGCAAGACAUAUUACACAACCAUAUACAGAAUAUAUUCCAUAAAAUCAUAUUAUGAUUUUAAGUAUAUUCAGCUGUUUGAAUUAAAGCUGAUAAUCUAUGAAUGUGGUUAUAUUGUUAUAUGGAAGGGAACUAAGACUUGUAUGUUAAGAUUCCAUUUAUAGAACGAAAUGUUCAUGAUUAAUUUAAAUGAUUCCAAAGACUUUUGUUUUAAACAAAAAAGAAAGGUACACUAUUUUCAUACUUUUGUGUUUCAUACCAAAUACAUAUUUUAGGCAAACAUUCUCAAAUAUUUUACAGAGUAAUGUUUGGUGCAAAAAUCCUUUAUUCUGAAGCCAUAAAGUCUGUGUUAGAGUAUAUUUGACUGUGUUCAUAAGCAGUAUCACUUCUUGCUUUGGUUAAGCUAAAUGUAAACCAAAUAUGUCUGCUUAUCUAUGAUAUGAUCUCUUCCUGUUGCUGAUGUAAACACUGGAUGUUCUACUGUGGCGAAUUGUUUCAACUUGUUGCAUUCGUCAUCUCUGCCUGAAUGGCAAAGCAACACCAGCAUUCACCUGAGCUUCUCUGUUCUUGCUUAUGCGUCUGCCUUCACGCUCUUCAUGUUUUACAUGUUCAAGUGCUUCAUUAGGAAACGUUUGUUUUUCACCAUAUGAUGUCAACGUUUUCUGCUUUUAUAAAUAUGUGUGCAAUGCAUUGAUUUCAUGUACAAGAAGCUUCACCUUUACUGUGACUUUGUCAUUCUAUGUUUACUUGAAUGGUGAACUUUAGCCUUUGUUUUAAAAAGAGAGUGCUGAAAAAAAAAGAUUAACUCAGCUCACUGUUAGAGUUUUUUGCUGAAUCACAAUUUUCCUGAAGAUAAACUGCUUUCUUGGGUAAAGUGAGUACAAUCAGACCCACAGUCUAAGCAAUAACUGUCUUUAAGGCAAGGUCACUUUCUGCAUGUGACCUUUUGUGGAGAUUUGUUCACUCAUUAUUAUACUUUUUUAUAUUCCAUGCUGUGGAAAACAAAUUUGUUCAGGCUUUUUUGUCAGAAAAGUAUUUAAGGUCAUCAAGCAAAUUCUCUAUCACUCAAAGCUGACUUGUUACAAAAUUCAGGUUCAAUCUGGAGAGACUCAGACGCAGAAAGAAAGCGAUUAGAAAAGUUUAUUGACAUGCAUGAAUUAAGUCUUUGGUGCGUGGGCCCCAGCUAAGGACAUUGAGCUGUGAUUGCGAUAAGCUCAGAUGAGCAUUCCUCAUGCUGAUAGGAAUGUCAUCCCCCGGGACCCGAUACUGAUGGUGGAGGUCGGUAAAUGAAGUAUGCCUGGAGAGCCAGGACAGAAGGGGUGGAGGUGGGUUGAGCGCAGCAGCAAAGUGGAAGACGCCUUGGAUGGACGUCCUUAUCAACUGGGGCAUGGUCGGUGAUUGGCUGUGACAUGGCUUGGUCCAGCGAUGAUAGGUCGUUGUUUAGUGGGAUGCGCCGAUUAGAUGAUGCAGGUGGGGCUAAAGAGUCUUCCAGUUUGAAUUUAUGCCUAGGCUUCAUUUUUGAAAUAGUAGUUAAACAAUCUAAACCAACUUAGGAGAAAAAAAACUGGCAAUUUUUUGCAUCACUGUGUAGGAAUUUUAGCCCAAUCCAUUGCCUCCACAUUGAAAAGUUUUCAACCAGGAAGCUUUCAACUGUUUAAGAUCAUGUCACAACAUCUCAAUCAGAUUUAAGUCUGGACAUGGACUAAACCACUUCCAGAAAAAAAAAGAAGAAAAAUUGAGCAAUUAUUAAGCAGACAUCUUAGUUUGCUUUGGAUCAUUGUUCCACCAGCCCUUCAGCUAAAAGUCUGAAGUUCAUGGCCAGACAACCAGCAAAGCAGGUUUUUAUCACCACCAUGUUUGACGAUGUUCUUGUGAAAUUCUGUUAAUUUAAUGCCAGAUAUAGAGUAAUGUAACCUGCAGUAACACCAUUUUCAAAGAGUAAACUUGGUAUUGAAAACCUUUUUCAGUUUUUUUGCUUGAAAGCAUUUCAUCACCACGAGCCAAAUGCAUUCAAUCAACAACUUUUUGAUUCACAUUACAGAUUAUUACUGCAGAUAUAACAGAGAUAAUUCACUGUGUAAUCCACUCUUGUAUGUCAUCAUCAUAACAAUUUUUGUAUUGUUAUUACUUUACCAUCCAGGGAUUAUAUUUCUUCCAUGUUUACUUGGACUUUCGACAUUUUUACAGAUCUGAUUCCGCACUAUUUAACACUAUCCAGAGCACUUUACUAUCCCUUGAUUCAGAAACACUGCUGUUGGGGACAGCAAUAACAGACUUUAGUUUACGGUAAAUAUUGUGCAUCAAGCGACACAUUAGUGGGAAAGGAAUGUACUUUAUGAUGGGCCUUAUUACAGGAUGUGAUAACUUUAAAGAAGCUGGGAUGUAAAAUCUUAACAAUUAUGUUAUAACUUGAUGUCAGCCUGGGUGAGAUUUACAUUUUAGUCACAUUUUCUUUCUCUUCAUGCCUUACAUUUUUAUUAGCUGCUGUUUAAUUGAAAUAUUGUAUUGAAUAGAUAUUUUUUAUGGCAAAUCUACAUGAAUAGAAAUAUGUUGUACAUAAAGAAACAAUAUUAUUGGAAAUUCAAUAUUUGAUGUGUAAAUCAGAGUCCGACUAUUUAAUGUGUGCACUUUCUUGUGAGCAUUUCUCAUCUAUUCAUUCUAAUGACCACUAAAUCUAACAACGGUCAUGUAAAGUAUGUCAUAUAUUAUACAUUAAAGUUUAACUUUAUAACAAA